ACUCUCUGAUGCUGCCUGAUGCUGCAUGAUGCUGCAUGCAUUGCCUUGUUUGCAAGGAAGCAUAGGAAACUGCCUCCUGCAGUUGCAAAGACAUCUGAAUCCUGGAGCAGUGUAGGUAUGGCCGUUCUGGAGAGAAAAGCUACCUUCAGCAGGUCCCAUCGAAAGGCUAGGCUGUGGAGAUACUGUGCCACAGCCGCGAUUGUCUUAUCACAAGUUGCAGCUGUUGCCUUUGUGGGCUCAGUGCAAGCACCUCGCACUCCGUUGAAGGUGCAAACAUGUGCACUCUCAGGUCCUGUUGGAAUGACUGUGGCCGUACUCAAGGAGAAACUCCGAGAAAGGGGCCUUUCCACAUCGGGGCUGAAGUCUGUUCUGAUAAAGCGGCUUGAAGAGGCUGAGUCACAAGAGCCUCCAAGACCUGGAUCAGGCUAUUCAAGAUUGACUGUUGGCCAACUCAAGGCGAAAUGUGCCGAGCUUGGCCUUACCAAAUCUGGUCGCAAAGCUGAUUUGGUGGCUCGACUGGAGGCUCAAGCGGCCGUCUCUGUGGCUGAGGCAAGCUUUGAGCUGAGGGACGAAUUUCACGUUGGGGACAAGGUGAUGGCACUGCUGGAAGAGGAGGAGGAAGAAUACGAGGCUGUGGUCCAAUGCAACAAUGGAGAUGACACCUACUUGAUCUCUUGGACGGAGGAUGGUUACGAGCACACUCAGAAGGCUGAGAACAUGAGGCUCCUCAAGCGUGCGGAGAAGAAGUUUCAGUUUUCUGCUGGUGACAAAGUUGAAGGUCUAUACCAUGAGGAGGACACAUGGUACCCUGCUAGAGUGAAAUGCAUCAAUGAUUCGGGGUCGUAUACCAUCCUUUGGGAGGAUGGUGAGGAGUACGAAGUCGAGGAAAAGGAUCUGAAGCCGCAAACGCAACCAGUGGCGCUGGCUGAUCUCAGGCCAAGACAAAAGUUCUUGGGCAUUGUUGCAAGGACCUUCAGCUUUGGCACCUUUGUCAACAUUGGAGCUGAACGUGACGGUCUCCUAAGACCCUGGUUUACGUACAAGGGCGAAGAGCACAACUUCAAGUCGGGAGACAAAGUGCAGGCAUUCUACGAAGAUGACGAAGAUUACUACCAAGCAACUGUCUACAAGGACAACGGAGAUGGGACAUUUUUGAUUGUUUGGGACGAAGAUGGUGAAGAGCAUGUGGCAAAGAAGAACCACCUCAAGCUUCUUCGCUUGUCUGAGCUGGAGGAAGGAAGCAAGGUGGAGGUUUUUGUGGAGUCCGUGAUGACAGACAAGGAUGGUCAGCAGAAACUCUUUCUGGCCACCGUGGCAGAGAAGAUUGGAACGAAAGGACCAACUCGGAAAGUGGACCUUUCAGGCUUUGAACAUAUCAAAGCAGACCAGUGGUUGACAGGCAAAGUCAUUCGACUUCUGCCUUUCGGAGCCUUUGUUCAAGUAGCACCACCAAGCGGCGGAAAAGCAGCACAAGGUUUGCUACACAUCAGAGAGAUUCGGGAUGGCUUUAUUCCAAACCUGGAGGAUGAGCUCAGCUUGGGCGACACUAUCGAGGUGCGCGUGAAAUAUCUCAACUCUGAAGACGGAGUGUUGCAUUUGUCUAUGAUGGGUGGAUGACAACCAGUGUGCGCCAGUGACCAGUGCUCCAUCGAUGAGAAGGCAAAAUGGCAUGGCCGAAAGAAGCGAUGGCGUGAGACGACACCGAUGCAGUGACAACGAAUGGAAGUGCUUUGUGAUUCAGUUCGCGAAGGGCGAGAGGGUUUUCUUGCAGCUGGACAAAGCAUGAGUUGCCAGUCGCCCUGGGUUAGCAAGAAAA